AUGGCGGCUCUGUGGCUCCAGUCUGCGUCUCUGCUGGUCUUACUGGUUCUAUCGUGGCCCGGUUCUCAGGCCGCCGCCGGCCCUCAGCACCUGUGUGGCUCUCACCUGGUCGACGCUCUCUACCUGGUCUGUGGAGAGAGAGGCUUCUUCUACAAUCCCAAGAGAGACGUCGACCCUCUGCAGGGUUUCCUCCCUCCUAAGGCGGGAGGCGCUGGCGGCCAGAACGAGGUGGCAGAGUUCGCCUAUAAGGACCAGAUGGAGAUGAUGGUGAAGCGAGGCAUCGUGGAGCAAUGCUGCCACAAACCCUGCAACAUCUUCGACCUGCAGAACUACUGCAACUGAACUGCUUGGCUUGGCAUGAGUUAGCUUCUGGGCUAACGUAGCCUCAACCCCAUCACCCCCACCUCCACUUCCACUUCCACUUCCACCUCCAC